UAGGGCCACGCUAUUCUCUUUUUGUCAUGCGCACAACUCUUAAUUUCUCCUCUUCGCGAAUUUCAAGCUUCGGUAUCUCGACAUCCCACGACAAAAAGUCAUUCGAGCAUCAGCACCUUGCCGUCUUGACAAACCACAUUCAAAAUGUCUACCGCUGAGCUUGCGACGUCCUAUGCGGCCCUGAUCCUCGCCGAUGACGGUGUUGAGAUCACUGCCGACAAGAUCCAGACCAUCAUCAAGGCCGCCGGCAUUGAGGAUGUCGAGCCUAUCUGGGCUUCCCUUUUCGCCAAGGCUCUCGAGGGCAAGGAUGUGAAGGACCUUCUUUCCAACGUCGGCUCCGGUGGUGGUGCCGCCCCUGCCGCUGCUGGUGGCGCUGCUGCUGCCGCUGGCGGUGCUGCUGAGGCCGCUCCCGAGGAGGCCAAGGAGGAGGAGAAGGAGGAGUCCGACGAUGACAUGGGCUUCGGUCUCUUCGACUAAACGGUCAAUAUCGGCAAGGCGUGUUUUUGACUCCUCGGGUUCCCUUUGUACUUCCAAAGCUUGCCUGGAUCUUUUGCGACGGCGUAUCGCAUUCACGACCAUUGGGAUGGGUGCAUUGAUAUCAAGGGUUCUGGUUCAUCGGCGUAGCUUACACGGGAAAUUGAGAUGUGUUUAAGCAAAAGUGGGAUGGGCUCGGUCUUGCGGCCUCUGGCAGUUUCAUGGACUGCGGGCUCGACACCGAUGGUACCUCCACAAGAGCCCUGAUUCCACGGCAAGCUUGGUUGCGGCUUGGGCGGUUAGUUGAAGGACUACCCUCGCCACAUCAAAUGGGAAUAUGACAAGUCUGAUGAUCAAGCUUUGUUUGCGGAACUAUGAGCCAAUUUAUCGACGACGAGAGCUUCGCCUUCGGAAUACAACAUCAACAUGACGUGUACGAACCGAUCAAGCC